AUGGACGUGGAGUUCAGCCUGGCGCAGCAGCUGGUCUCUGGAGCCAAGGAUUCCCAGGCCCAAUUGCAGCGGCAUUUCAAGCUGGGAAAGGUCUUUAUCUGGAGACGGCCGGCCGACUGCUCAAGAUUUGAAUUUGCAGGGCCCCAAGACGUUCGAACAAGUGUAAACAGAGAGAAUGCCUGCACAGGGUCUGGAAUUUGGGAUCUUCGUUGGCUUACUACCUGCUGCUCUUUAGAAAGGGAUUCUUGCUCUAAUUUCUCACUACAGACCUCAGUGACGUCAUGGACAUCUUCAUCUCGGUUUCUACCAUCCGACCCAAUAUGCCAUUUUCGGAAAGACUACUUGUAG